AUGCUCUUACUCUGCUUCGACCCACUCACUAACACACAGAUCAAACCGACCAUCGUCGCAGCCGUUGCCGCGCAAGAUCUCUUCGCUCAAAUCGCCAAUGACGACCCGGUUCAAGUCCUCGGCGGCACCAUCGUCAACCAAGUAGCGCCUGUAUCACUCGAUGCAUCCUACGGCGGCCUCAACGGCAAGGCCAUCCAGACCAACAAAUUUUAUGGCAACCUGCUCAAUGGCGACCGUACACAAACAGUCUUUACCAUGCCAUACAGUCUGUUCUGGUCAAAAUCAAGCAACGGCUUAUGUGUCAGCAACGCUGCCAACACAGACUAUGCUUUUGGCCCAAACAAUGUCAGUCCCACAUACUACUACUCGCCCAUCUUCAGAUGUCCUAUUGGAUUCACUUCUGCUGAAAUGGACUCGGCACAAACCAUGUCGCUUGGCAAUUUGCAGCCUCACUCAGUCGAUGUGACUUUCGCGCCUUCUAGCAAUGCAGGUAAGAUGAAGACGACCCUCACACAAGGCUCGGCAUUUAUUUCUAUGACCUACACAAACCUGCAGCCCGUCUUGUUUUCUGGAACAGGCGCAUUUACUUCGCUCUCGCCAGUCACCUUCAAGGUGCCGCUCAACACCAACGGCGUCAGCAAGUACCGCGUUACCUCCAACAACGGCGACACAUGGCUUGUGUAUGUCUUCCAAAGUGGAGGUCCAACAUUUUCUUUGGCUAUCAGCAGUGGUACUGCUGGCUCUCGCCUACUUGGCUCAGCUGGUUUUUCGGGUACUAUUCAGAUUGCCAAGCUUCCCACCGGCUUCACCUCCACCGAUGAGGCCUUUUACGACUCUGGUGCUGGUACCUUCCCUACCACCAUGGUCUUGACAGGUUCUGCGAGCGGCAAGACUGCCAGCUACACGUUUGACUACCAGCCAACCAGCUUGAUCAGCAACCCGCUCUUGACCUACCUGUUCCCGCACCAGCAGCAGUCGGUAUCGUCGGGUGCUUGGUCCGAUCUCAAGCUCUGGUCUACCACCAAGGGUCUGAUGCGCGCUCGAUUUGGCAACACCUUGACCUUCAGCGAGGCUAACCUGCCUAUUGACAUUCAGUUCUUGCCAUGGUCGCCUCUUGGCAACCUGCAAAAUUACUCGGCCCCUGCGUUGCAAGCAAUUGCUGCUGCUGCCAACAAUGAGCUCAAGCAGUCCAUCUCGCAGCAGUCAAAUUUGGCUGACCUCUACUUUUCGGGCAAGGCGCUCGCCAAGUUUGCACAAAUUUGUCUUGCCGUCAAGGAUGUGCUCGGUGCCGAUGCAUCGGACUGUGUUUCGAGGCUUGAAGCGGCUACAGAGACAUUCACCAACGGCAACAACCAAAACCCUCUGCGUUAUGAUGUUACCUGGAAGGGCGCUAUUUCCAGCUGCGGAGAGGGGCAGACGCUUGACACAUGGAAAGGCUGUGGCUUUGGAAACCCUACUUACAACGAUCAUCAUUUUCACGCUUCCUACGUCGUCUAUACGGCUGCUGUCUUGGCGCACUUAGAUCCUGCAUGGCUGUCGCGUGGAAAGAACAAGGCCUACGUCAACACCCUCAUUCGCGACUUCGCAAACCCAAGUUCUGCCGAUACCGCCUUCCCUGUCUUUCGCUCAUUUGACUGGGUCGCAGGACACUCGUGGGCGCAUGGUGUGCUUGCAAGUGGCGAUGGUAAAGAUGAAGAGUCGAGCUCAGAAGAUUACAAUGCAUACUACGCCAUGAAGCUGUGGGGUAAAGUCAUUGGCGACACGUCUAUGGAGGCACGCGGCAACUUGAUGUUGUCCAUCAUGAGCCGUUCGAUGCAAAGCUACAUGCUCAUGGCUAAGGACAACACCGUGCAACCACCAAACUUUCUGCACAACUAUGUCUCGGGCAUCACUUUCGAGAAUAAAGUGGACCACACCACCUAUUUCGGUACGAACACAGAGUACAUCCAUGGUAUUCACAUGUUGCCGUUGACGCCCAUGAGCGCCUUUAUUCGCACUCCCACUUUCGUCGCGCAGGAGUGGGAUGCUGUCUUGAAGCCCAUCACGCCUCAGGUGGAAGGCACAGGUUGGAGUGGUAUCCUCUGGGCAAACUUGGCCAUCUCCAACUCAACCGCCAGUUUCAAUUACUUUGCAAACCCAACCUUCAACAGCAACAACCUUGACGGUGGAGCCUCGCUCACGUGGUACCUGACCUAUGCCGCAGGG